CUGUGUCCCAUUUGUGCUGAUCCCACCAACUAACUCCAUAAACUAACACUGAAAGUACUUUAUAAAUACGUUUUGUGUAGUUUUCUUGAUACUAACAGUUCAAAUGAAUGUUCGAAAUUUGUUUAAACUGUUUCUGACUUUUUGUGAUGUAAACAUUGGAGCGCAGUAUAUUUUGAAGCAGGCGUCCGAAAACGGGUUGCACAACUUCCGGUUAAUGGAAAAGUAGGUCAGCCAUGUUGGAAAGGAUAUUUAAAACAUGCUGCGGGAUGAGAAAUUCUUUGAGAGACAGAAGUUCGCAACUGCCCAUUCUUUUGCAAGUAAAACUCCAGCUCAGACAAAAAGAGGCCUAAGUCAAGAUUUGAUAGCACUUCACACUGUCAGCAGAGUUUAUUCAGGGGUUCCAGAUGGUACAAAGAAAAGGAGGACAAUAAAGAAAGUAGAUCUGGAGAAAUUUCGUUCAUGUACACAUCAGAUAGAUGAAGUUGACAUGGGGCCUUGUUCACCAUCGCAAACUCCAUCAAAACUCCUCCUCAGUGAUGGAAAGCUUGAAAAGAAUAGCGGUUGUGUGAAAUCAACAGGUAACCCCAUGCCUUCCAGAGAACUUUUUCCCAGGGGGAAACACAUUCAUAGAAAUUGCAUCCACAAGAGCAGUAUGGAUGCUGAACAGGAGGAACAAAAUUGGGAGAAAAAUUCAAAGACAGGUUUGAUCAAUGUUGAAAGCAAAGUGAAUGAUGAUGAUACUGUCUGUAAACUGUCAAAGGAGUUUUCCUUCUCUAAACCAAAACCAGAUGGCUGUUACAAAAAUAAUACAAUAAAGGCUAAGCUUGAUCCUUAUGUUUCUGAAGAUUUUCAAGUUACACCUCUUGUAAGAUACGUAAAGAAACGCUCACCAGAAAAUAUGGAAUUUGACAAGUAUAAGAAGAAAAGACAUUCCGAGGGAACUAACAUCAGAAAGGAAAAAACUUCUUAUAAGACUGAAAAAAAGACAUAUCAUUUUUUAAAAGAGCCUUAUUUCUCAUCCACCCCAGUUACAGAUUUACAUGCUGAUAUAAAUGACAAGAAUAAAAUUCGAGAACAUUUUGGCGGCAUUUCUCCAAUAACUAAGGGUGUAACCUUCUCGAAUGAUGUAGAAAGUGGCUUUAGAUUCAAACCAAGACCAAUGAUAGUCACUUCAUAUAAAAAAUGUGAUAAAUCAGGGGCACCUCAGUGUCAUGUACAGGAGAGAAAUGUGAAUGAAAUUGAAGAACAGAUGAAUUCAGACUCUUCAUGCGGAUUUACUCAGCGUGGAGAUGGAAGUUCUCGAGAUGUCUGUAACAAGAAAAAAGUAUUUGAAUAUAACCAUGGCAAACUAAGCAGAUCUUUGUGUAACUUGAAUAAUUGUAGAAAAAAUCAGAUGAGUAUGCCCGUUGAUGGUUUAAAGACACAAAGCACACAGUUUGAUUCUUUAUCUAAAUAUGGCUUGACAGAAAACACGUUUGACAACUCACUGCCAGGAGACAGUCUCAGUGCAGUGCAUGAAAUUACUGGGGCUUUAGCUAAGUACAGAAAUAUUUUUAGGCAUAAAAAUAACCAUGAGAGUCCAUUUUUGAACAGUGACAGAGAUUCUGUAAAAGGACAGGAUGAAAUAAAUAAGACGAUUGGAGUUGACAAUAGAGAUGAACAUGGAAUUUCAAAACCAGAUUUUCCUGACCUAGAGGAAGAAUUUCAGUAUAAACCUAUGAAGACCGGGUCAGAGAAAAUGGCAAAAGAGAUAAUGAGUAUAUGUCAGAAAUUUGAGAAAGGGACUGAAAAUGGUAUUGGCAAUAGAGAGAGUCAUAUGUUGGACAAUACAAAGAGUGCAGCUAUGAGGUUGUCAAGUGGGUCAGUACGAAGUUAUUCAAGCCCUGUUCCAGUGGGAGAGUUUCCAGAGCACUUACUAUCUCCAUCAACACAGCUGCAAGAUAAAAUUAACCAAAAGCUGUCAGAGAUUAUUGCAGAUGAAAGAAGAAGUGGUUUAGGAAACUACAUUAGCAGACAGACAGAAAGUAGUUCACAAGACUAUGGUGCUGGUUCAUACAAGCCAUUGAAACCUUGUGUAGGUGAUGUCCUGAAUGAGAUGAAAGAGUUGGAAGAAGAAGAUUCUAUGAGUCCUGAUGUUGUGCUGGAUGAAGUACAGAAGACCACUACCACAGACAAUCUAGGAACUAUAACCACUGAGAGUUUUGAGGCUGAUGCCUUUUUUGAAAGUGAAGAAGUAUUACUGAAUGCUGAUACUGAACAAAUGCAAGAUUUGGAAGAACAGUCAAACAUUCAAACACCUCUUGCUGUAGAGAAAGACUUCAAUGUAAUAGACCAUGAGACAAAUAGGUUUAAAAGUGAAAAGGAAGUUGAAAAUAAUAAUAAUAUAACACUGAAUAAGACACUAGAAGCUGACACAAAGGUUGGUGCUAAAGUUGAUAGCACAUUAGAUGCUUGUUUAGAAAGUUGUGAAAUGAUAGAUAAGAAUUCCAAAAGUGGAAAAAUUAAUCACGACUUUUCAAGUCAAGUUAAUGAUGUAAGAUCUCAAGAACUGGAAACAAAUUCAAAUGAACUGGGAAAAGAAUUAUCAAGAAAUAUUUAUGGAAUUGAAGAUGGCAUUCUUGAAAGGAAUAAUGUCACAAAUAUCAGUGAUGAAAAUAUUGACAUUGAAAAUGACUAUAAUAUUGGAAAAUCGGGUAGUGAAGAUGAGAAUUGUGAAAAGAAUAAUGCUGCAAACAUUUGUGACAAGAAUCUUGAUAAUGAAAGUGAAGGUAUUGGAAAAUCUGGUAGUGAUCUGAAUAUGGUAAAGAAAAUAAAAUGUUCCGAAAACAAUUCUCAAAAUGUUGAAAUAUGUUGUGUUGCUGAUAAGUCAGAAACAUACAAAACAAUCCAGCUUCAAGUUCCAGAAAUAUCAAGUGGUAAAAAUCAGUUUACUCAAACAGUUGGGGAAUCAAGUCUUCAAAAAUCCUACGUAGAAGUGUCAACUUCACCUUUUUUGGAAUUAAACACAGUGCAAGAAGUUACUGACGUUGGAGUUCAGUGUGAUCUGGCCUCGUUUCCAACUUUAUCUUGUCUAGCUGGAAAGUGUUACAAGGUUAAACCGAUAAAGAGCUCUACUUCCUUACAUAAAGAUCCUGAGAAGAAAGAUUACAGCAGUUCCACUGACACCAAACCUGAAAAUGUAUCUGCUGCUCAGAACUAAUGAAAAAACAAGCUACUGAUUUUGACAAAAACAAUUAACAAUAGACUAUAAAAUUAUAUGAAAUCAAUAUUUUAGAAUAUUGAUAAUGAUUUUUGACAGCAGAAAACUGUAACUCACUGAAUUAACUCUGACUGAAUUUAUUGUUUCAUAUUAGAUUUUGUUAUUGUAAAGUUUCAUUUUAAUUCAUUUAAAAGAAAUUGUACUUCAGAUCAA